UUUCCAGAUCAACUGACUCCUGGAUGCCAUUUUGUGACACAGGGGAGGUAAUUAAUGAUUAAUGGGAAAGUGGAUGAAUAUAGAUAUAUUAGAGCUGUAUCAGGGCUGAGGCACAGGAAAGUCCUUUCAAUGUCAACAAACAUGGCCUGAGAGGAUGUUUGUCAAUAUGUCAAUAUGUCCAUCGGGUAACAGCUGCUGUUUAAACUUGACCAAAAAACUUCAGGGCAAACUGUCGGAUUGGGUCACUGCAGGCUGUGUGCUGCCAAUGAUAACAGCCGGCCAUUCAGUCACGGUCCAAACUUUACCACUCCAGAGUACUCCGAAAAAACUACUAUGUGCUUAAUUUGUAUAGUUUUCGCAAGCUUCUCCUUACUAUAACCCCACUUAAACCAGCCUCUCAGUAUUUUAGUUAUUUAAUUUCAUGCUUAAAAAGUGAUGAAAUCUCAUAUAAAAUAAUGUUAGGCCCUGUAGUAUUUGUAGUGUGUGUCUUUAGCCAGUGGUGUUAUCACAUACUGCAUUCUAUAGUUUCAUACCAUAUAACAGGGUCAUGGUAAGUUCACAUUAGCAAGUGUUGACUGUGACUAAUUUUCAGUGGGGUGCAUGCAUCAUUUCACAUGUGGUAGUUAUACCAGUCAUGCUAGGGGGUGGUUGUAAUGGAGUAUACUUCUAUUAUGUAAUCAUCACAGACAUAUCUGGGAAUAUGGCUCUGGUGAUUAUGUAAACUACUACGGCUGUUGCUGCAUAUAUAUAGGUUGGAGACAUAGAAAUAUCUGCCACUCUCUCUUUUGUUUGUGCAGGUGCAGUGCAGUGCAGUAUAAAGUGCAGGAAAGUGGAAAGCAGAUUAUGAAGGUGCUCUGAAGAUUAUGGAAGAAAAAUACCUCACUUACGUCAUCAUAAACCCUUGUGAUGGUGAGCCACUACCGCCUGGGAUCUUUAUGUACGGCGGACCCUGGAAAUACCUCACUUUCCUGAAUCUGGUGCUGCAGAUGGUGUUUUUCGGGCUGGCAGCAGCAUGUGACUUUCAGUCCUCUUUGGGGAAAGGCAUGGCCAAACAGCGGAACCUGUGCAAGGACCUGCUCUUCUCAGUCUUUGCUUUCCCAGUGGGAAUGUUCGUGGUGCUGCUUUUCUGGGUGAUCUUUACUUAUGACCGGGAGCUGGUCUACCCUGUCUCAAUGGAUGACUUCUUUCCUCCUUGGAUGAAUCAUGCAAUGCACACCUUGGUCCUGCCUUUCUUAUUGGGUGAGAUUCUGAUUCAGCCACACAAGUAUCCCAAAACCAAGAAUGGCCUGGCUGCUCUGGGCAUUGUGGGAAUUGCUUAUUUGAGCUGGGUAGUUUGGAUUUACCUGGCUGUUGGAAUCUGGGUGUACCCUCUGCUUGGCCUCUUCAGCACCCCAGGAAUUGCGGGGCUCUUCUUCUGCAACAUGACCAUUGUCACCCUCCUCUACCUGCUGGGACAGACUCUGAACGAGCAGGUCUGGGGAUAUAGGGCAGUGAAUUCUACCUCAUCCAGUGGAAAAAGGAAAACCAGAGUGGCAGACUGAUAAUGGACCCAUCAGUCUGAACACGUAAGACGGGACUGGUCUAUCAGGCUUCAAUAUGCUCGGACACAACACAGUGUCAAUUGGAAAUAGCUAUCAGAGAGAAGUAUGAUGGUACUGUAUAGUACCUAUAUCAUUCUAUCAGGGAUUACUGUACUAAAGUGGUCCUUUUCAUGUUACUGCAUUAUGACAUUCUCUGUCAGGACUGAAUAAAGUUUCAACUGUUUUGAGGCUUG